GUUGGACGGUGUGUGCCUGUGGUGUAUGUGGUCUGUUCUGGUCAGCGAGAAUAGUCCUUACAGUAGUAGGUUAUGGUGUUCGUCAUUUAUUGUAAUUUUAUAGAAAUGGGAGACAGUGGGAUGAGCUGCUGCCCCUGAUCUCACAGGAACUUCCUGACUUUGAUCCAGACAAGGAAUUCUGAAAAUGUUUAUCCCCAUACAUAUCAGCCUUGAGGUCUUCCUAUGAGAGUGAGGAGCUGAUUUUGAGUAUGUUCUUUGGGAAUUAAGAAUUGGAGAUGGAGGCAGCACAUUCCUCUGAAACUGUAAUCUACCAGGUUAUACAGCAUCACAUCUGAGGUGACAUUACACUUAAUGUCAAAGGAAUGAGUUCAAAUAACCGUUCUUCAUCAGUGAGGAAUUCAGCACAAUUUACUCGUCACGUGUCUUCAAGUCACUCAAGUCGACCAAACCACCAAUCACGCUGGCUGGUGAAUCACGUUUCAUAUCCAAAGGACUUUGGGCCGUACGAACCAUGCUUCACUACUGGAGAUUGCCCACCGUUGCCCCUCACAGGAAAUAACAUACCCCAAAAGGACUCUGGGUAUUUGCCUCACCAAGUUUACCCGAAGCCAGGUCACGGGCCAGGAACCCAGCUCAGUGCCAGUACUCAAGGACACACAGUAUAUCCUGGUGAUCCUGUUGCGGGUGGUGGCAUACAGGAGAGACGCCAGGUGUCACCUCCUUUACGUAUCAACGUGUGCGGCCAGGAGAGCCCUCUGCGAGCAGCGUCCCUGCUGAGUCUUAGCCCCACAAACAUUGGGAACACCAACAUGGAUGGACUUCCUCACUCAGGAGGGAUCGGCUUGGAAUUCUCCCCACGCCGAAGUGCAGGAGAGCUGCGAUUGAGCCCAGUACAAAUUCAGCAUUCACCAAGCUUUUACCAGGCAUCCAGCCAAGAUGACGGGAGGAAGAGUGAAAGCCCUCCCCGCAAGCGGCGCCGAGUGUCCCAGGGAGGACAUCACCAGAUCCUGGAAUUAUCUGCUGCAGCCCCCACACCACCUCCACAUCCACGCAGUUUGUGGGACCACGCAGUGACCAAUCAUAGACGUUCACCUCGACACCAGCCUUCUACUUGCAACAGAGGGAGCCCUCCAAUUAGACGAGCGCGCUAUCAUGAGUGUGGCCCAGUGUGGAACCAAGAUGGCUACCCUGUGAACCAUUCGCACCACCCAGCAGCAUUCCUGCAGAGCUCACCAACAGGAGUGUCACACCAGCCAACCACAGUGGUGAUGGAAGUUAGCCAGGUGCCCGUGUCAAUCCCAGUGACACUUUCCCACCAUCACCAUCAUGCUCUGUCACUGUACUCAGGGCCACCUCCCCCACCUCAUUUGUCUGCAGUGUGUUCUGCUGGCACCAGCACUGCUUGUCAGCUGCAUGGACUCUAUGCUGGUCCACAGUUCACACCUACCUGCCAGGUUCCUCAGUUCGGGAACUGCGUGCCACACCACCACCACCAUCAUCAGUCUUAUCCACCAUUCCUGGCACAGUCGCAACCCAGUACAUUUGCUCCUCAGCAGAAUCCGCUGUCAGUACCGCCAACACGUGUUCAUACCGCACACUAUCCACAUCCGCAUCAACAUCUGCAACCUCAGAGACCUGAUGGGGUUGAUAUGGAGCUCCUUGGUGAGCAGCAGCACCAUCGUAGUAAUGCAGCUGCAUUCCAUCACCAUCACCACCCCACUGCUCACCCCUCAUUACACCCCAGUUCCCAUCCCUCUCUCCACCACCACCCUCACCCUCAUCCAUCAGCAGCUGCUUUGACUCAGGUAUCAUCACCACCCCCAAUCUUCCUCUCAGAAGCACGAGGUAGCCAGUUGGACCUUAUGUCAUCACGCAACAGACAUUCAAGCACACCAAGUAGGCACGUCAGCACUCGUCGAUGGCGAGGAAAUCCUCUACCACCUACCCCUGCUCCAUAUCCGGGGUUCCUGGUGCAUUUCUUGGCGAUGUUCUCAAAUCCACCACUCUCUCCAUACAAUCAGGCAGAACUGGGAAGCCCUGAUUCAACAGAGACAGAGAACUACGAAGCUCUUCUCAACCUCGCAGAAAGAUUGGGCGAGGCAAAGCCAAGAGGAUUGGCCAAAGUGGAGAUCGAACAGCUGCCAUCAUACAAGUUCAAUGCAAACUCUCACCAUGGAGAUCAGACAUCAUGUGUCGUGUGCAUGUGUGAUUUUGAAGCACGACAGGUCAUCAGAGUUCUUCCAUGUUCACAUGAGUUUCAUGCAAAAUGUGUUGAUAAAUGGCUUAAGUCCAACAGAACAUGUCCAAUUUGUCGUGGUGAUGCAUCUGAAUACCUCAGUCAUUUGGAAUAGAAAGAGAAUACUGCAGGGUGAUUGUGCCAUCGUCAUGAAGUUAACAUUGGCUUUUUGCGUGAAGACAAAUCUUUGUUACCUCCCAGUUAUUUUGUUUGUGUAAUGUUAAAACAGUAGCGCAUGUUCCUUGUAUCCCUAACAUGCUCGUAGGUCUGUUAUGUAAUAAACAAAAAUAUUACUUACCUCAAAUCGUUCUAAAUUGAAGGUCCAGUGUUAAAAUAGAGCAAUAACAUUUGGUUGCCUUUGAACUGCCAGAAAAGACGGUAAUGUGAUUGUAUUACCCUAUGUUCUUUGCUAGCUUGUUUUAUGUUAUAUAACAAUCUGUUUUUUGUUUGUAUAUUUUUACAUUUAUUAUGUAAGUUGCAACACUUUAUGUUAUACUUGUAUUUUGGUUCACAUAUCUUGUGUGUUAUCAUGUAACAGUUGGAGAUUGCUUGUUGUGGGCUUGAUAUAUGGCCCAUCCCGGUUAAGUUUGGUUGUAAAACAACAGUUUUAUUUUAUUUUGGUAAAAACUAGGUUACAUGUGGAAUCAUGCUAUGAGGAUUGUUCGAAUGAAACCAGUUCAUGGUGUCGCUAGCGAAUACAGCAGAUUGCAUGUGUGUCAUGCACACAACCACACAUUCACUAGCACUUCCACAAACAGGUUUCAUUUGAACAGCCCUCAUAAAAAGUAGUAAAAUUGAUAUGAGAUGAGCCCAGGUUUUUGGGAUGCCUUGUGUUGAAGUAUGGAAGACAGAGCAGUUGCAGCAGCAAUGUUAUGAAAAUUAUUUACCAGAUUGAGUAGACAAGAAUUACAUGAACUGCAGCUUCAAAUUAUACAGAAUCUUCUAACCAUGCAUACUGUGUCAUAUCUUCUUUAAUUUUGUGCUUCCGUAGAUGUAAUGAACUUCGACAUCUCACAGUCUAAGCUUUGUGAAUAAUUAUUUUGAAAGAUAAAUAUCAUUAAAAGACGUAUUUUAUUCGGAGUUAGUUUAAUGUAGUAUUUAGAAAAUAACUUAGUAUUGAAUGAAAAACUGUGAAGGUCACUGUUAAUACCUCUUGAUUGCUAUGUUUGCUGUCAUCUGUUGCAAGAUGUUUAAGAAUUUGUUUGCAUCUUUUUGUGUUCAUGCUAGAGGGAGGGAAUGUUGCCUGAAAUCUGAGAUGUUUACUAAAAUUCCAUCCCUGUUUUGUUUAUAAAUUCUGUUAGUCUGUUUUAUGAAGUUAAAUAGUAAAGCCCCCUUUUUAGAUGGGUUACAUGUCUUUCAAGACACGUUUUACCCCACCUGUUUUCCCUCUAGUAUUUUUUGUGUCAAGGGUGGCCAAGCAAUGCUUUUAUGUCAUGUCUCACUAGAUCAUCUCCAGCAGUUAUUUCCAGGGAGAAAUGUGGAUAAAUAUACAAACAUGCUAGAAGUAUUAAGACUGUUAACAUAGAUUUUCAUAAAAUUAAACACUCAACGCAUUUUAUACAUUUCUUACUUAAAUUAUUUAUUCAUGGGGCUGGAUUUGGUUUGUGCAACUGUACAGAAGUUCAGUUCAGUUAGAAAUAAUGAUCAAAGAAUAGUGCUUUGUAAAAUUGACAGCAGUUAUGUGUCCAAGACCCAGAUUGGAGAGUACUUGUCUUGUGAUAUGUGAUGCUGCACAGCCUGUUAGAAAUUUAGCAGUGUAUUGGAGGAACAUACUGGUUUCAUCCUCAGGAUUGAAAGUAAGGAGGAGACAGUCGAUUUCUCCAUAAUGUCAGUAAACUUCUACCAGACUGGACGGCAUCACAUUCGAGAAGAUAAUACUCUUCAUAGUCCCAUCAUGAGAACUUCAUGUAUCAGAAGAACUAAGUUUUAAAUACGCUGUUAAUAUUAUGAGAUGAAAGUGUGUAUGUCACCAUAAACACUGGCCACACCAGUACACGUUAUGCUUUAAAGGAUAAAGCUUCUGAAAAGAAGCAUUGUUCUCUCUCUCUCUCUCUCUUUCUUUUGUAUAUAUGGAUAUGUAUCUGUAACAGCAUAGUACAAAAACAAUAAGACAGGCAGUUGCAAUAACGUUUUGUUCCAUUGUGACAACUGUAACUUAUGUAUUCUGUGCUAAAAUCUUGGAUGAUUAGCCAUGUCAGUGAUGAGUUAUUAAGUAAUGAUUCCGAGAUCUCCUCUGUCUCCAUCUUCAGGAUCGAUGUGGUAACUACCCGAGGACUCAGACUUGGCAAACCAUAGAAUUACAGUGCCAGAUUAUUAAGGUGCUUCAGCGCACAUAGAUCAAGGAAAUCCCAAGAAGACAAACAUAGGGAAGAGCAUGCUAAGAAGAUAGAAUAAUUGACAGCAGGGACACCAGCUUAAGUGACAUAAGUGAUAGGUUUAAGAGUCAGUUGGGUGACCACGCAAUUUGACUUUGCUUUCCUGCUGCAUAGUAUGCCAAUCAAUUGAUUGGCCAGACAUCAAUUCAAGAGACUGGUACAUAUACCAGCGACGUAUGGUUGUUUACCGUAUCCACGCUGAUGCUGGUAAUGGAGGAGGUCUCUGAUGAAACAUUAGUUUUUGAUUCAACGUUGAUACAGCUGAUAACCCAGAAAGAUUUUUGUGCAUUUAUUCCCGAUGAAAGCUUAAAAUCUUUUGCAUUCUGACAUUUUACUAUUCAUUCAGAGUUGACGUUAUUUCAUGUCUUACGAUCAGACCUUUUUAGGCAUGUAAAAUAUUUUUUGCUUAUUUUUGUAAGAACCUAAAGCAAUACAUAUGUGUUUAUUAGGUACUAAGAAAUUGUUUCUGUAAUACCUCUUUGUAAAUUUGUGUGGGUGUGUGUAGUGUGACUGUAUCAACACAAAGUGCACGUAUAGAUGCCAAGAAUCUCGUUAUCUGAUGGUGACUUCCAGUUUGAUGUUGUCCAGUUGUCUUUAAUCCUCUAACCCUCUUCCUGCCUACUACUUCACAUAAUUGAUUACUUAUAAUGUAAGAGCAUGCUGAAAUGUACUAUUGAAAUCAAGCUCAAGCAAUAUUUGGUUUAAAUUAUCCAAUAUUAAAUGAAUCAUUUUAGUUUGUGUAUAACUCAUGUGUAAAAAUGAUAUCAAAGCCAGUGAACAUAAUUUUGAAUGUUCCUUAAGUUAUGUAUAUAUACUUCACAUAUGGCUUGCUUCAGAAUUGUUUGUAACAGUUUUAUUCUGUAGGGUGUCUCAUAAGUCUAGAACCAUAUGCAGUACUGGAGUUUUGACACAGCUCUUAACAAAAUUGGCUUAAUAUGUUCUCCAUUCAUAGCUAGAUAAACGUUUUUGUCACUAGGAGAACAGUGUGAGUUAUUUGUGGAGUUGACCUCACUCUUGCAGGGACAGUCUCUUAAAAAUACUUGGACCAUUCUCUGAGUUCAUGGUUAUUGCCUUCAAGGCUUGUGGGAUGCUCUGUAUUUUGUCAAGAUGAUCUCACUUUCUUUCAUGUGAAUAGAAGUGAGGUUUGAAUAGGCAGUGGUAUCAGAUCAGUUCACACAUUAUCAGUGAUCCAUUUCACUUGAGUUUUUACACACACAGCGCGAAAUUUGAAGAUUAUAUGGUCUUUCUGAGAUGUUACGCAGUGUAGUUUUGUAGAUAUAUACCAUUUUGAACAAACCUCUUGCGUCCAACUUUAAUGUACUCUUGUACCCUUUUAAUCAUACAUACAGUAUAUUCUUGAUUUCUGCUACAGGUCUUUAUUCAUACAUCCUACUGUCCUCCUAAUCAUUCAUCUGCUUGAAUGUUCCUAAACUUCUUGUCUAAGGUGAUGUCCCUCCAAUUGUUAUUAUCAUCCUUAAAGUGUAAAAUUACAUUUAAAAUCAGUUUACAGUAUUGGCAUACAGGAAUAUUAAAUAUUUUAUGAAACCAAAUAUUAACGUAAUGAAAGUUUGUGACUUUUUCUUGUCCGUCCAUGGGCCAGUGGAAAGAUUCUCAGAGGCCUGUAGCCCAUGGGCCAUUAGCUGAAUAACUCUGAAAUAUAGAUGUACUGGAAUCAAGCAAAGAUACUGGGCUUAUAUGUAUAGUAUAAUGCUCUUGUAAUCUCUGACUUCUUUGGCAGCUUUCAUUGCAUUAUUUAUUAUUCUUUAUCGGUCUUCCAAAUUGAUAAUCUGUCAAGAUGUGAGAUGUGAUUGUGUCAGAUCUGCAUAUAUUAACAAAAGCAAAACUACAUGGAAAGUUUAGCAGAUGUAAUGUAGAAAUUAUCUUGAUUCAAAAUUAUUUUUCAGAAUGUAAUAUUUUGUGGGUUUUAUGAUGAAAUCAGAAGCGUGGAAUAUGAAUACAUCUGUGCAGAAAUUAAAAAGAAAACUAGAGAGAAUUUAAAGGAAUAAAUUCAAAGAUUAUUCCAGUCAGUGGCCAUGGUCUUGUCACAGAUUAGCAGUCUAGUGGGUUUAUUGGGCCUUGCAUAUAUGUAUAUCUGCAUAGCAUCAGACAGUGAGCUAGUGUGUUUGGAUAGGCAGUAAUACUUAUGUCGAUUGUGUAUAUACAUUCCAGACACAGCACUCCUACCAAUCUGCUCUGUACACAGUAUCACUGCAGUAUCUACCAUCAUGAUUGCGAAUAAUGAAAUGAAGAAAAGAAUUUAUUUAAAAUAUUUUUCAUAUUGUGGUAACACUGUUUAAUGUACAAUUGUGUUUUCCUGUAGUACUGUUUUCUUGUUACUCAAUGUUUUAGAAAAUGUUGAAGUUCUGAGAUGGUAGGUUGUUACCGAUUUAUGUCAGGAACUGCAUAGCUUUCAGUUAGUGAACCUGUCAUAUCUGUGACAUGAUGACUGCUAAGUCAUUGCAAUUAUAGUAAAGUAAAUCACAAUAAAAGCAUGAUAUCAGUUAUUGCAGAAUUCCAUUAUAAAUUUAAUUUAUGAUCUGAAUAAGCAUAAAAAUUUGGGAUGUCAUACGAUAAAAUCUGGUAGAGUUACAAACAUUUCAGAGGAACCUUCUGCCUUUGUGUUCUUCCCUGAAGAUAGAGGCAGUAGAUUCAUCCAAAACAUUGUAACCCUCUGCUAGGUUGCAUGACAUCACAUCCCAGAGAACAAUAAUUUUCAUAGUGAGCCAUGGGAACCUUGAAUUUGUGUAUGUUAGCGCACAAACUUAAUUUUGUUACUCCAGUUUUGGUGGAGUUACUAUUCAAUACUUCAUUAAGAAUGGAGUGGGUAUGAUUACAGACAUCUGAGAGUGAGGAAAAAUUGUCCAUGUAUUGCUUGAGGAUGAUUGCAGUUAUUAGGGUCAUAGAGCAUAGUUCAUAGAACCACACACAUGUUAAAGUUGCCAAAUGCAAUUGGUCUGAAAAGCUGAAGUAUGUGACAAACUGCGAAACCAUCAACCAGUCAUUCAUUUGUUCAGCAUCUUGAAUAUUAAGGUUACAGUCUUCUGGGAUAUGACAUUAUGUAAUUUGGUAGACAGGUUCCAAAGUUUUGGAGAACAUAACAGUGUCCAUCUUCAGGGCCAGUGUUGAAGAUGUGUCUACCAAACUACACAGGGUCACAUUCCAAAAGACUGUAACCUUCAUACCACCAUAGGAACCUUGCAUCUCUUAUAAUACCAUGUACAUAGUCCGUUGAUGUGUAUUUACCAAAUUCACAAAACUGGCCAACAUGUUUAACCACAGUACUGCCAGCCUUAGGGCCCAAGGCAGAUAAUGACCUUAAAUUUAAUUUGUAAUUUUGUCUAAUGAUAAUUUAUGUUUGUCAUUUGGUAUUUGUGGCCUAAAGAUGGCAUUAAUAUGCUGAAACAUAUUGCCCAAUC